AUGUUGCCAAGGACCGACACGGGCGCCUCGGAGGACAUGACAGACUCCGGCUACCCGUCCACGGUGAGGGAGUGGAAGCGGGGCAGCUCCUUGAACGAUGCGCCGGUGGUCUUUCAAGGCCAGAAGACGGAGGCUUUGCAGCAAAGCACCCACAAGGAUGUCCUGAGCCACGGCGCAUUCUACUUCGACCGUAGCACCUUUCACGAAAGCCGCACCCGUGCGGUGACCUUCUACACCCAUGAGUAUUUGUGGCUUCAUGACGGGCAGUGGAAGAAAGUGGAGGUGCCUGAUGACAUGAACCUGUCCUUGCUGUCGAUCAACAUGGAUCGCUUCUUCGCCAAUGACCUGAAGGACUUGGAGGAGGGCCGCUGGCUGAAUCGUGGCAUCGACACGUCGUUGGGCAUGGAGAGCGUCUCCAUCUCCGCCGUGGAGCCGGAUGUCUCGGACGAGCUUUGGGUCACCGUCUUCGGGUACACCAGGCCAUCCACCUUGUUCCUGAUGACUGCAGAUGAGCUUUGCAACGGAAAGUUGCCAUCGAUGACACCGUUGAAGUCAUUGCCCGCGUUCUUCAACGCCGAUGAUAUUGAAGUGCAGCAAUUUUUUGCCACUUCUUUGGAUGGUACCAAGGUGCCAUACUUUCAGCUCAGCAAGAAGGGCAUGGCUUAUGACGGGUCAAACCCUGCACUGCUCUAUGGCUACGGUGGCUUCGAGAUUUCUCUCACCCCAGUCUACUCGGGCGCUCGCGGGAUCGCGUGGCUGGAGCACGGCGGCGUGUGGAUCGACGCCAACAUCCGCGGGGGCGGGGAAUAUGGACCCCGGUGGCACCAGGCAGCCAAGAAGGACGCCGCGCCCGAGGCCGCGGCACCAGACGCCGCGCCGGAGAGCCCGGUGGCAGCGCCGGCGGAAGCCGAACCGGAGGCCGAACCGGAGGAGCAGCCUGCGGCCCCCGCAGAGACCCCGGCGGCGCCCAUUGUGCCGGCUGCACCUGUCGCCCCUGUGCCUGCGGCUCCCGCACCUGUUGCCCCUGUCGCCCCAGCGGCACCAGUGGCUCCUGUUGCCCCAGCGGCACCAGUGGCUCCUGUCGCCCCAGCGGCACCAGUGGCUCCUGCAGCACCAGCACCUCAAGCACCAGUUGAAGAUGUUGAGGUUCCGCAGGCUCCCGAACAUUUGGAGGGCGACGAUUUGAUCGCGUUCUACCGCGAAGCACACUUGGAGAGUUUGGCCGAUGCCAACCUCAUUGGCCAGAAGGGCGCCUGGCUCUAUGGCGACUACAUCAAUGGGGUGCCGGGCGUCACCAACGCUGUAGCCUGCGCGACGGCCUGUGAGAACGACGAGAAAUAUGCAUUUGUGGACAGCCUCAAGUUUCCCACUGCAGUGAACCGCAACAAAGCCUAUGAGGAUUUCGAAGCGGUCGCAGAAGAUUUGCUGAAACGCCAAGUGACCAGCCGCUCGUUGCUGGCGGUCCAGGGCGGCUCCAAUGGCGGUCUGCUGGUCGGAAACAUGCUGACGCGGGAGAAGCGGGAAUUGUUGGGUGCAGUGGUUUGCCAAGUGCCUUUGCUGGACAUGAAGCGCUUCAGCAUUUUGCUGGCUGGCCCCAGCUGGAUGGGAGAGUAUGGUGAUCCAAGCACCAGCGAUUGGGACGACUUUCUGCAUAAGUACUCACCUUAUCAUCUUGUGAAGGAAGAUGCCACCUAUCCCGCAGCCUUGUUCGUGACCUCCACGAAAGACGAUCGCGUCCACCCAGGCCAUGCCCGGAAGAUGGUUGCCAAGCUCUUAGGGCAUGGCACGGCCAAGGACAUGUUUGUGAAGGGCUUGCUGUGGUGA